UCGCCCACCGCCCCGGACUUCAGUCCGAUCACACCCAGAGUGCAGCCUGCACUGCCAGUCACGUCUAAUCAGCAUGGCCAAGUUCCAGCCCCGACACCAUCACAUCAGACGGAUAUGCCGCCACCUACACACCCUGCCUCCGCGAUAGCCCCAGCGGAGUACAUUCACCCGCCUCCUUCGCAGCCUUUCUCCAGUGAUGACUCGAUUGAUGGCCUGGCGUUGAAGGCGGCGAUUGCUUCGUUGCAGUUUCAGAAGCAUCAGGCUGAGAAGGAUAUCAAGGGUCUGGAAGCGACUCGCAAGCACGCGUUGCAACAGCCACACGCGUUUACUGAAGCGUUGGUUGCUGGCAAGGUGAAGGAAGUGAAGCCGCAGUUUGGAGGCAUUGGUGCUAUCCUUCAAGCCGCCAUCAGUGCUCAACAAGAGGUCGAGGAUGAAGAAGAUGACGAUGACGGCGAGGAGCAUGCUGCGCCAGGAGCAGAACACAACAAGCCUCCAGACUUCUCCCCCUUCCCCGGCCCGCAAGACGUCAUCCGCAUGCCGUACAUCAACUGGGAGAAAUACCACAUCGCCGGCGACGCGCUGGACCAUAUGCACGAGCAGCAGCGUCGGUGGCCCGGUAGUCACUUCGCCUACGGACAGGAUCGCGGGCGAGAGUUCGCGGUCGCGGCGCCGUAUAGUCCCUUUCAGGAU